CCAGACAAGGUGAAAUGCUGCCAGGGGUGGGCGUAUUCGGUACAGGAUCGCUGUCUAAAGUCAUGGUCUGCAUUCUUCAGUCUGCUGGCUUCAAAGUCGCCGCUCUGUGGGGCCGAACCAACGAUCUAGCGGAAAAGGUGGCCAAGGAGCUCGACAUACCGUUCUACACGAGUAAGGUAGACGACGUUUUGCUUCAUCAGGAUGUGGACGUGGUGUGUGUCGAGAAUCCUCCUCAUUUGCAUGCUCAAAUCGCCGUGAAAACAUUGGGGAUUGGUAAACAUGUACUGUGUGAGAGACCGGCUGGGUUGUGUCAACUUGACGCUUUUAGGAUGGUCAACGCCGCCAAAUACUACCCGACACUCAUGUCCCUCAUGACCCACGGCUUACGAUUCCUCCCCGCCUUCAUCAAGAUGCGUGAGAUGAUUCGAGACAACGAAAUCGGAGAGAUCUUGGUCUGUGAAGUUCGGGUACACUGUGGAAGUCUCCUCCACGAGAAAUACAACUGGAUGUGUGAUGAAGUGAUGGGAGGCGGAGUCUUGAACACCAUUGGGUCACACAUCGUCGACGUCAUCACCUACCUGACCAAUCAGAAGGCGGCAAAGGUGCAGGGCACCUUGAAGACUUUCCUGCAGCAGACAGAGAAGAUCAGGGGCAUCCGACACAUCACGAGCGACGACUUCUGUAGCUUUCAGAUGCAGCUGGAGAGAGGGGCGUGUGCGACGGUGACUUUGAAUUCUCACAUGCCAGGACGGUUCUUACACGAAGUCCUCAUCGUCGGAAAAAAGGGCAGCUUAGUCGUGCGCGAUGCCGACCUUUACGGACAAACCAACGACUCUUACAAGGAGGAGAUCUUAUUGGCUGACACCACGGAUGAGCUACCGAGCCUGAAAAAACUGGGCAUCACGAACCACGCCGGUGACCUCCCGGUACCGUAUCUCAAGGGGCUGCUGCGAUUGGUGGACGCCUUGAAGGAGUCGUUUGGCAAAGUGGAAGAUCGGCGGAGCUGGGCCCAGGAACCCGUGGACAUCGCGGCGACUUUCGAGGACGGGCUUUACGUGCAAACGGUGUUGGACGCCAUCCGUAAGUCCAACCAGGAGAACGGAGGUUGGCAGAAAGUUAGCAUCAUGACAGAAGAGCCUGAUCCUAACCCAUUCCUGUCCUCUGCUCUCAGACACAGCCAAGUCUCGCUGCACUGAAAUGUAGGGUUUUCCUAGCCUCUACCAGGCUUCAGGGGUGACUGGAAAGAGUCUAAAUUGGCCAAAUAGACAGGUAACAUGCCAGAGAGAAUUUGGUUCAAUAAGCGGCAAACUGUACUUUUCUAGUGGGCCAACUCCCCUGGCAUGUCAUCUGUCUAUUUCAUGGCUAAUUUCUCUAUCUCCCUCUCAAGCCUGGUAGAGGCUAGGAUUGUUCCCAAAGAUGGGUGAAAAAAAAAGAAGAAAGUUAUGGUCAUUCUGUCAUCUUGACCAAUAAAAUUGGUUUUAAAAAGCAUGAAAAACAUUAAAAAUUUCAGUCAAAUCCCACCAGGAAGUGAACAUAGGUUUGCUAAAAUGACAAA